AUGCAGCUCUUAUUUGAUUCAGAGAUUUUCACAUGUAUUGUAUUAUCGGUAGGCUCUUUUGUGUUGUUUCUCUUGUUAGUUUUGUACAAUAGCCUAGUUGGGAAGCCAAAGAGACUUAGAUCUAAGUUAAUUAGGCAAGGUAUAAAUGGUCCACCUACAACUUUUAUACUUGGAAAUAUUAGGGAAAUAAAGAAGUCCAAGCAGCUUACAACUACUCCAAAAUCUCAUUCUCUACAACCCAUUGAUGUCCAUGAUUGUGCUUCACUUAACUUCCCUUUCAUUGAGAAAUGGAGGCAAAAAUAUGGUAAAUUGUUCAUGUUUUCUCUUGGGAACACACAAAUAUUGUUUGUGGACAAACCUGAGAUAAUAAGAGAUAUUAUUACAUGUACAUCCUUGGACUUGGGAAAGCCUUCAUAUCAGAGGAGAGAGUUAGGACCAUUGCUUGGUAAGGGAAUCAUAACAUCAAAUGGAACCAUAUGGGCAAACCAAAGAAAGAUCCUAGCUCCAGAGCUAUACAUGGAAAAGGUUAAGGGAAUGAUGACUAUAAUCGGGGAGUCUGCUAUUUCUUUGGUAAACUCAUGGAGUAAUAGAAUAGAGGCAAAGGGUGGAAGUGCAAAUAUAAAAGUUGAUAAGUACUUUAGAAAAUUUUCUGGGGAUGUUAUUUCAAGGGCAUGCUUUGGUAGCAAUUUUUCCAAGGGAGAAGAAAUUUUCUCCAAACUUGGAGCUCUCCAAGAGGUUAUGUCCAAGAAUGCUAUGGCUACAUGGAUUCCAGGAAUGAGAUACCUUCCAACAAAGAACAACAGAGAAGCAAAAGCACUAGAAAAGGAUGUGAGAAACUGUAUACUCCAAGUGGUGAAGAAGAGAAAGGAAUCAGGUGAUGAUGAGAAAGACAUGUUGCAAAUGGUUCUUGAAGCUACCAAAGACAGUAAACUGACUGAAGAGGCCAUUGAAAACUUCAUUGUUGAUAACUGCAAGAAUAUAUACUUGGCAGGUUAUGAGACCACUGCAGUCUCUGCUGCUUGGUGCCUCCUUUUGUUGGCCUCAAAUCAGAAGUGGCAAGACCUCGUUCGAGCUGAGGCACUCCAAAUUUGCAAGGGUAAAGUCCCAGAUUCUAACAUGCUAAGUAAGAUGAAACAGUUAACAAUGGUUAUUCAUGAAACAUUACGCCUUUACUCCCCAAUACCUGUUAUUUCAAGGGAAGCCUUAAAGGAUAUGAAAUUUGGUAACCUUAAUGUUCCAAAAGGUGUAAUAAUUUGGGCAAUGACAUUAACCUCACAUACAGACACAGAUAUAUGGGGACUUGAUGCCUACAAAUUCAAGCCAGAAAGGUUUGCAAAUGGAGUUAGUGGUGCAUGCAAAUUGCCACACAUGUAUAUGCCCUUUGGAAUGGGACCAAGAGUUUGUCUUGGAAGAGAUUUGGCUAUCACUGAACUCAAGAUAUUGUUAAGUCUCAUUUUGUGUAAUUUUUCUUUUUCCCUUUCCCCUAAAUACAUCCAUUCACCUUCUCUUAAGUUGGUUGUGGAGCCUGAAUUUGGAGUUGACUUAUUAGUUAAAAAGCUUUGA